CAGUUAUUUCAAUGUUCUACAUUUUGCAAAGUUUUCACAGCUUGAAAGGGACAUCUGCGUUAGGCUUUGUCAUGAUUAGGUUAAGGUCCUUUAUUUAUUGAAUUCUUACUACUUGUUUUCAGUAUCAUGGAGCGUCCAACAUCAGACGUGUGGAAACACUAUAAAAAAAUCAGGUCGGAAGAUGGAAAGAAAAUACAGUCAGUCGUUUGCAAUUAUUGUUCAGCAAUUUACAAAUUUCCAAAUGCUACUCGUCUAAGAAAUCAUCUCGGCCUAAGAUGUCAGAAGUGUCCACAAGAUUUGAGGAAAGAUUUUCAAGAGGAAAACAAUGAGGAAGACGUUGAUGAUGUAGCUGUAACUUCAAAUGUACAAAGUGCCGUUAUUGCUUCGUCAUCGGGUGGAGACAAGCCAACAGAUGUUGUUCAACGAUCCACAAAAGUACGCAAGAUGACUUCAUUUCUAGAUUUAAUGUCUCAAGAAGAAAGUGAAAAAAUUGAUUUUGCUGUAAUGCGUGCUAUCUGCGCCACAGGAUUGCCUGUAUCUGUACUUGAUAAUCAGUAUUGGCACCAAGUUUUUAAUCUUCUUCGGCCUUGCUACAAAAUUCCGUCACCUUUUGUUCUGGGAGGAAGACUACUAAAUGCAGAAUAUCUUCGCGUGCAGGAUAAAGUGAAGAACAAAAUUAACUCGGCUGUGUCUCUGGGCGUCAUGAGUGAUGGCUGGUCCAAUGUUCGGAACGAAGGAAUAGUAAAUUUUAUUGUUACUACUCCUGAGCCAGUCUUCCUAAAAGCAGUGGCUCCAGGAGCGCAAAGAGAAACAGAAGAGUAUAUAAGUGAUAAAUUGAUUAAAGUAAUUGAUACGAUUGGACCUGAAAAAACUACCGCUGUGAUAACUGAUAAUGCCAAAAAUAUGAAGAAGGCAUGGAGACUGAUUAAGAGAAAGUAUGAUCAUAUAUUUACUAUUGGCUGUAUAGCUCAUGGCUUGAAUUUGCUGAUGAAGGAUAUAAUGAAACUUGAAUCACUGAAAGAACUGAAAGAGAAUGCAAAGUCUAUUGUGAAAGUAUUUAAUCACAAACAUGUGGUUCAUAAUGUUUUCAACUCCAAACAAGAACACAAUGCACCAUCUUUAAAGCUACCCAACAACACUAGAUUUUCUGGUGACGUUUUGCUCUUCAACUCACUUCAAUGGCUUUUUAUUCUGAAUGAUAAUUUCUGGAUGGAAAUUCAAUAUGCUCUGAACAUCCUCAAACCAAUUGCUGAUGUUCUUACACCUCUUGAGUCAGACUCUGCUACUCUUUCUGAUGUGCCAUAUUACUUUAAGAAAAUAGAGGAACAGAUUUCACAAGCUCUUGAUAAAAGCAAUCUCAGUGAGACAGAUAAUCUUAAGGUACUACGUGCUUUCAAGCAUCGAGAAAACUUUUCCUGUCAGCCUAUUCAUAAAGUAGCUUAUUUGCUUGAUCCCAGAUAUAAAGAUAAAAAUUUAAGCAGUUCAGAUAUGCCAUCAAUAUAUAAAGUAAUCAACAAACUUUGUGAGCAUUUGAAACUUGACAAAGGUCAGGUAUUGGCUAAUUUAGCUAACUAUCGAGCUGGAACUGGUAUCUGGUCUCCUUACACUGGAGUUUUUGGAGCUGUCGAACAUACGACUCCAGUUGCGUGGUGGCAGGGACUCUGUGCUGGAGAGCCUAUUGCUGUAAUAGCAAUCCGCCUGUUAAAUAUUCCACCUAGCUCAGCUGCAUGUGAACGAGUGUGGUCAACAUUCGGAGGAAUCCACACUAAGAAGCGAAAUCGUCUUAGAAAUGAGAAGACUGAGAAGCUUGUUUCAGUGCAAUGGAACCUACGUUUGUUUGAUGAAUUACCAAAGAAGCGCAAGCGCUAUAUUAUGGAAGAUGCAAGUGGGAGUAUGGAAGAAAAUAAUGAUGUUUCCACUGAUUCACAAUCAGAAUCUGACGCAAAAAGUAAUAAUGUAGAAUCUGAUACAGAGACCGAUUCAAGCAUCCAUUUAGAUUCAGAUCUACCUAGUACAACUGACAAUGAUAAAGCUGAAGUUGAAUAG